ACGGCAGUUUGUCUCAGGGAGUCGAGUCGAGCCACACGCACACACACUUUGAGCACAGGUGGACCAAUCAGUCAUCCGGGUCACUCAGAAUCCCCCAGCCGGUUCCGCAGUGAGACUUGUCGCCUAGGCAACCACAGGAGAAGAGACGAGUCAUGGCUGGAGCGAGGAGGACCGGCGUCACCGCCCUGCUGGCUGCCACACUGAUGCUGAUGCUGCUGCCUGCCGACGUGUCCGCUGGGCCGGUCGCCAGCAAAGCCAAGCGUGAUGCGGGGGAGAGCAUCCAGGAGAAGGCGGCGGCGGCAGCGUCCCACAGGAGACUAAUCCGUAACCGCAGGAACAUCAGCUGGUACAAGCAGCACUCGGACUUCUGGGGAUGGUACAAGUACUUCACGGACAACGGCAACCAGGAGGCGAUUCAGGAGAUGGACCGCAUCUACCUGGCGUACCUCCAGAACAAGAACCGCGCAGAGAGUCGUCGCUCAUACAAGGCUUACCUGAGCCACCUGGGCGACAUCUACAAGUCCUGCGCCGACUCGGACGACCCCAACUGUGUGGCGUCGUACACCAGCAGGCCCAAGCCAGAGCCCCCAAAGCCUGCGCCGGUCAAAACCUGUGACCCCACCAAGGACGCCCACUGCCUGUACGCUGCCUUGGUCUCGGGCAAGAGUCCGUAUUUGCCGCUGGUGCUGCCUGCCUCCCCCCCUGCACCUUCCCCCGUCAAGACCCCCGCUCCUCUCUACGUGCGCUCUGCCCCAGCCAAAGAGCCACAGUCGGGUUACCACUACUUCGCACCGUCGUCAAUUUCUUUCCUUCCUAAGGAGCAGAAGGCUGAGCUGCUGCGUAUCUGCGGCGCUGAAGACGUCGAGUGUUUGCAGUACCACUUGAGAGCCGCCUAUGGUUACUCACCCUCCGGCGGGGCCCCGCCCUCCUAUGCCCAACUCGGCUGUGACCCCCAGAAGGACCCCACCUGCAUACCCCAGCUGGUACCGAGGGCCCCCUCUGGUCUCAACUUGAAGUACCCCAACUGUGACCCACUCCGGGAUCCGUACUGCGCCUACUCUGCCUCCCAAGCGGCUCCCCGGGCUUCCAAAAUCACUGCCCCUGCUGGCAUAGGGUCCUGCAACCCCCUCUUUGAGGAUGGCUGCAACCCCCUUACCGCCACCAAAUUCGCCAGCCCCCCAGAGUCGUACCAACAAGAGGAACCCGAGGAGGCCGCCGCCCUUCGUGCCCUUCCCCCUGCUGCCGAGCACUACAAUAAUCCCUAUGCCAUGUAUCGGGAUGCUUAUGCUAGCACUAACAGUGUUAGCGACCCUUACGCCAUGUACCGCCAGGCUAACGCCCCAGCUUCGCCGCCCGCCAAUGACCCGUAUGCAAUGCUGCGCCGCUUAAUGGCUCACGUUCAGGUCAACGAUCCAUACGCCCCUCCAAUGGAGGCGGCGCCCGAGUCCAACCCCAAUGAUCCCUUCUCUGCAAUGAGAGAGGCCGCCGCCGCCAUGCACCGCCACAGUCCUCCCGCCACCCGGCACCAGUAUCCAUUCUCUCAGCCCAAUUACGAGGAGCCCAUUCGGGAGGAGCGCCACCCACUGGGCCCCCCGGGAAAAACCAAGGAGGGCUACGAUUGCUUCAUCGGCUACGACCGCGAGUGCUUCCCUUUAAAACCUACUGAGCCUCGACCCAACGCUCACCGCCGCAUCCCCUUCCCCGCCGAGGCCUACGAGCCCCACCUGAACGCUGACGGCAGCCGCAGCGGCGUCCUGGAACCCUCCAACCCGCACUGCGACCCCGAGUACGACCCCGACUGUCGCCUGCGUCGAUUCGAACCCGAGCAUGCCCAGCCCCAACUCGAGCCCAAGCCCAGCCAGGCGGAGGCGGAGGCGGCGGCGGAGAGCGAGCGCAUGCCGGAGCAGGACCCGUACGAGGCCGAGCCCUACCAGAGCGGCCAGGAGGAGCCUCACAUGUCCUUCCAGCCCCAGUCGCACGUCAUGCCCACCCUCCAGGACAUACUGAGACGCUACGGGGACCAGUUCCCCGAGCAGGGAGACUACCGCAAGAAAUAAACACGCACACAAGCGUGCAGAUGGACAUGACAACACAAACACCCUCUUUGCUUCAUGACAAAAAUCUAUGGACCCCAUAAACAAGAGAGCGCCUUUAUCUCGGCACACGCUUUGCUUGCAGCAGGGGGCGCCCUUUAGCUCCACCUCAGACCUCCUCCAAGCUUCACCUAACUAGCCAGUGACCACUUAUGUAAAGUUGUUCUCUCUUUGAAUGUUCCAAUAAAAAAGCUGGUUUGAUGCAUAUUUGGCAUUCAUCAACAUACAGCAGGGCUGUCCACUAAACACAGAUAUGCAAAA